CAGGUGUGCGCCCGAUUUGUGCAUCGCUAACAAAACGAGCAACAACACAAACUGCAGUUUGAUUUUUUAUUUUAUUUUUUUGUUUUGUGCCAAUUAAAUGCAACAUGCUUUCCAAUUUGAUGGUGACCAAUCAGAAGGUGGUUCUGAUAAUUGAUCAACUGAAUCGCGAACGUAUCGCAGCAAAGUUCAUUGACAGCCUUUUGAAAGAACAGGGACAGGGCGAGGAAGUUAAAGUGCUGCCAAUUGGCACGCAAUUGAAGCACGUGGCCAGCAUUGAAACGCUGCUGGGUGACAACAACAACCCAAAGAACGCAAUCAAUGUUAUACUGCCAACACUCGCCGAUUUGCUGUGCUAUCACAAACCCGCCCACAUCUUUCAGUUCAUCAACCGACUGCGACGCUGCGAGCAUGUGAGCCGCGUCUUCUUGUGGGCAUCCCCACAACUGUUGCUACACGCUGACGCCGAGUACAUUCUGGCCGGCUGCGAGUACCUCUCGGAGCUGGUGUUACGCCUAGAGACGGAUACCACGUUGUCGCUGCUGUCACGCAAACCAGGCGGUGGGGUUAGCAAUAAGCGUUACACUUGCGAGGUCAGCAAGACAGAGUUCAAAGUAAAACCUCUAGUUGACGCAGCAGCGAAUGCAGCAACUGUCACAGAAGUCAAGUCGGAGGAAGGCGUCAAGGCAGCUGAUCCAGGUGGCACCUUUAAAAUUGAGCUUGACGAGGAUGAGAUGGUGGCACGAAAUGCGCUUACAUUGCCAUACGAGCGCACAAGCGAUACAGCAACAGAGGGCAACAUUAUUUAUACUCCUGAUGCGGACGACGACUUCGAUGAUGAGGAUCCGGAUGAGGAUCUGCUGAUCUAGAAGAGUUAUCUCCACACACACACACAGCAAACGGCAGUACAAAUCGCCUUGGCUUUAAAUAUUUACAUAGGUCUCUAAAUACAAUAACAAUUAAAAAAAAAAUACCUGUAAGCGAGCUCAGCCAAUUUUCAAAAAAUCCGGCUCGAAAAUGAAAAUCUUGUUUUGUGAAUAGUUUGAAAGUUUAUAUACUAAAAUGCUACAGAUACAA